UACUAGAUAGAGGUUCAUUUAUACAGCAAUAGGUCAGGCCACUGCUUUUGAAACCUCUCAACUACACAAUAAGAAACCAGUUGAAAUCAUUAGAACCUGCGUUGAUUUAUUCUAUUCCGAGUAGUGCAGUUGAUACCUAAACCAGUGAACAUGCUUAAAAGGGGAUUGAAAAUAGUUCAACAUUCUUUUCAGAAUGAAAUAACCAGGAGAAAUGCCAGUACUAUCGGUUUCAUCGGAAUCGGUAAUAUGGGUACACAUAUGGCUGGUCAUUUGGUGAGGAAAGGUGAAAAGGUGAAAGUAUUCGACAUAUCGAAAGCCGCAGCCGAAACAGUAAAAGGCGCUCAUGUUUGCUCAUCCCCAAUUGAGGCGGCGCAAAAUUCCGACAUCGUUUUCACAAUGUUGCCAAAUGGGGAAGUAGUGAAAAAAACAUUAUUAGACGAAGGGGUUCUCGAGUCAAUCCCAAGAAAAUCUCUACUUGUGGACAGCUCUACAAUAGAACCGAAAGUAUCGCAAGAGUUGUUUAAAAUAGCCCAAGAGAAAGAUGUGAGGUUUAUAGACGCUCCUGUCUCCGGAGGAGUGACUGGUGCGGAAGCCGGAACUUUAGCAUUUAUGGUAGGAGGAAAUGCAGAAGAUGUCGAAUACGUUAAACCAAUACUGCUUCAUAUGGGCGCCAGAGUUUUCCAUUGCGGUAAAGCAGGAGCCGGACAAAUUGCCAAACUUUCCAACAACUUGAUCCUCGGUGUCUGUAUGAUGGGAGUUUCCGAGGGUAUGAAUCUUGGGAUCAAAGCAGGCUUAGACCCAAAAGUACUCCACGAAAUAGUUAAUGUUUCUACAGGAAGAUGCUGGUCCUCAGAAACUUACAGUCCAGUGCCUGACUUAUUGCCAAAUGUGCCUAGUUCCAAUGACUACAAAGGCGGAUUCAACAUUAGACUGAUGUCCAAAGAUUUAGGACUUGCGGAGGCUACAGCAGUGAACUGCGAGGCUUCAGUUCCGCUAGCUGCAACUGCACAUCAAAUUUAUAGAGCCCUUAUCAGUAACGGAUACGGCGACAAAGAUUUUUCUGUAAUUUAUAAAUUCUUAAGAGGCAAUAAAUGAUUUACGAAA